AUGCUUCAAAGACAGGAAGCAAUAACGCAAGUGAUAGACGUACAAAGUACGUUACGUGACGUGGUGGCAGACUGGAAACAACGACUUGGUUGUGAGUUUGAAGUGAUCAGUGUUGAUUUAAUCCCAGAUAAAUGUGAAGAUGGUGGCUUAGGUAUUUCGCUAGAAGGUACCGUGGACAUUUUAAAUGGUGCCCAGCUUUGUCCACAUCAUUACAUUGAUUCACUUAGGCCUGGUGGACCAGCUGCUUUCUCGAAUGUUCUUCGUUCAGGUGAUGAAUUAUUACAGGCUAAUGAUGUAGUACUAUAUGGUGAAUCACAUGUCACUGUUACACAAGCCUUAAUUAAGGCUGCAACCACCUCACAACGUGUUAGGCUUACAGUAGCACGAAAAAUUCAAACUGUAAAUGUAUUCAUGCCAAGACCUGAAGAAAGCCUUCCAAUUGCUUAUCCUUUAUUAGCUACAACAGAUGAUCGUCUUGUUAAGGCUAAAUCAGAAAGUUGCAUAACGAAAACAUUAGAUUCAACAAGAGCUGUAUUAGAACAGGUAUCACGGCGCUUACGUUCUCGAUCAUUGCAACUGUUUAACGGAUUAGCUAUUUGGCGUUGUGUCCCAUUGAUAGUGCAAUUGGAAAAAGAUAAUCGUGGCCUAGGAUUUUCAAUUGUUGAUUAUCAAGAUCCAUUACAUCCAGGACAAUCUGUAAUUGUCAUACGAUCACUAGUACCAGGUGGCCUAGCACAAGCAGAUGGCCGUAUAAUACCUGGUGAUAGGUUAAUGUUUGUAAAUGACGAAGAUCUGUCGAAUAGUACAUUGGAACACGCUGUUGCUGUAUUGAAGUCAGCACCUGAUGGCUUAGUUCGGUUAGGUAUUGCUAAGCCAAUACCAAUUGAAGAAUUUGGUAAUGGAACAGAUGGUCAUUCACCACUUAUUUCACGCAGCGAACGUGUACUUGCAAAAGGAAGCUCGCCACGAUCACGUCGACGUCAUCGUAAACAAGUAGUCUCGUAUACAUCAAGUCAGGAAACAGUUUGGCUUGGUGCAACCGAAUAUCGUCGACAGUAUCAUUUGCAGAAUUAUAAUCAAUCUUCCGGUUCACUUACACCGUCAACACCUCGUGCCUGUAAUAUAUCAUUAAACGAAAGUCAUUUAUCGAUGACCAGUUGGUCACCUUGCUCAACUCGUUCAAUAUCACCUUGUGGCUCACCGCUUCAUCUACGUGGUUCAUGGGCGUAUGAUAUCGUCUACUUACCGCCAAGUUUGGAACGAUCAAUUAAAAUUCAGAAAGGAGCACUUUCACUUGGUAUUACAUUAAAUGCAGAAAUUGACAAAGGUAUCAAUGGUUGUCAGGUAAAAAGUAUUUGUAGCAAAAAAGCUAUUGGACGAGAUGGAAGAGUUCAGGUAAAUGAUUACAUUGUAAAAGUAAAUAUGGAAAGUUUGCGAAAUGUUACGAAUUCGCAAGCACGAGCUAUUUUAAAACGAACUAAUCUAAUUGGUACACAGUGCAAUAUAACUUAUAUUACUGCUUCCGAUGCAAAAAUUUGGAAAGAAAAGUAUCAUCAUGAAAUGGAUUAUCAAUUGCCUAUUGUUAAUCGACUUUCACCAAAAAUUUUUCCAAAAUUCUAUCGUUGUUCAUAUUAUGAUGAGAAAGCGAUGAUGAUAGAUAUGGAACAACAACAACAACAACAACGACAACAACAGCAACAACAACAAGAUGAUGAUGAUUCAUUUGAUAAUGAUAUGCUUAUUUCCGCAUCAUCUGAUGUGUCAUCAAUGAUGAAAAAAGGAUUAAAUGAUGAUAUUGUAAAUGGUGGAAAAUUAAUUGAAAUUUUUGUUUACAAUCUUGUUGAGGCAAUUUUAAAAGAUAUAUGGCUGGAAUUAUUAGCUUCUGAGCAUUUACCAAAAGCGAUAAAUUUAAAUUUGUCGGGAAAGGAAUUCCAAUCAUCGUUGUUGAGUGAAUUAAUCGAAGCAACACCGUCUACAAGUGCUGCACCGCAAAUUCAUAGGCAGUCAACAUCAUUCAAACGACGACAAGAUUCUUUGGAAAAUUUACAUAGAAAAACGGAUCAGGAAUUAAUUAGUGAUAAAAUUUCCGGUUCAUUCUUAAAUGAAACAGAAUUCGAAAAUGGAAAGAACGAUUCAUUGAUAUUAGUGAAAGAGAAAAAUUGUGAAAUGAAUAGAAGGAUAAAUGAUACCAUUGAUGGGUGGCAAAAAAAGUCAGCAACUCAAAUAUCUGUUGGUAGCAAAAAUGUGGAAUGUGAAAAUGAACAAUUAAUUAUCAAAAAUGAAAUUAAACGAAAUAGUUUAAUUGACGCUGAAUUAAUUAAUCCAUCAAUGGCAACAAUUUUAUUGAAUGAUUCAUCCGUAAUUUCACCUGUUUCAUCUGAAUUAAAUCUGUCAGAGAAGUCAAAUCGUUUCAAAAUUUGGGGUCAAACAAGAACAGUUGUGCUACAUCGUGAACCGAAUCAGUCAUUCGGUAUUAGUAUUGUUGGUGGACGUGUUGAAGUUAGUCAUAAAAGUGGACAAUCUGGUACGACGAGUACCGUUUCUGGUAUUUUUAUCAAAUCAGUCCUACCAAAUUCACCAGCUGGUCAUUCUAAUAUGAUGAAUAUGGGUGAUCGAGUAAUUAGUGUAAAUGAUCACGAUUUGCGUGAAGCUACACAUGAAGAAGCAGUUCAGGUUAUCAAAAAUGCUAAGAAUCCAGUGAAAUUUGUUGUUCAAAGUCUUCAUAGUUUUCCAUCACAAUCAGAUGAUAUUAAUGAAGAGAACGAUGAAGAAAGAGAAGAAUGUGAAAAAAAUUUGACUAAUUGGCAAAGUGAGAUGGAUGAAUGUGAUAAUUCAGGUAGUAACACAGAAGCAUUCAAUAUUUUGGAUAAUUCAACUAAGGAUAAUAAUGCGCAAAUGAUCACUGAUGAACUAUCAUCAUAUGGCGGAAAAAUGAUAACAAUUGAUGAAACACCGCGAAGAAUAAGCGUGGCAUCAAAAUUUGAAUCAGAAGGAAAGAAUCAAUUUGAAUUUGAUAAUACAUCUAAUGUUAUCACGAAAACAUCAAUUAAUAUGAAUGAGGAGAAAUUUGAAGGAAUGAAAAGUUUGGAACAGAAUCAAACAACAAUGGAAUCAGGAAAUAUGAAUGAUACAACAAGACGACAUGGAAUUGAUCCGGAUAGUGCAGCUGCGUUACCAAAACGUGCUAAUGAUCCGGAAGAGGAAGAUCAAUUCUUUUAUACAAAAGAUAAGAUAAGUCGGAAAUAUGGUAAUUUAUUGGGUGAUACGAUACUGUUAAAGUUGGAUAAGCUACCACGUGGCGGUCUUGGCUUAUCGCUUGCAAGUAAUCAUGAUCAUGAUCAUGAUCGGAUGAAUGUUUUAGUGGUUGCAGUUAAAUCUACCUGUCCAUUAUCAGUGAAAAUUGGUGAUGAAUUACUUGAGGUUAAUGGAAAGGUACUUAUUGGUUUAUCACAUUUGGAUGCAUCUUCGAUAAUGCGUGAAUGUUGCGAAGAUGGCAUUUUGGAAUUGUUAGUGCUAAGAAGAUUUGAAGCACUGGCAAUUACGUUAGAUUCAAAAAAAUUAGAUGAAAAUAAUACAAUUGGAAAUGAAUCACAAAUGAGUAGCAGUGCUGACGAAAUGAAUGCACAACAUUCUAUUGAAGAUGUGAAUAAGUCAUCACGACAAAAUGAAUCAAAUGUUGGUAUUGAAACUGGACGUGAAACGCUUAUCGAAAUUGAUAAGGAUGGAAAGGGUUUGGGAUUGAGUAUUGUUGGUGGUUCUGAUACGGUAUUAGGUACGGUUGUUAUUCAUGAAGUUUAUCCGGAUGGUGCUGCAGCAGUUGAUGGACGAUUAAAACCAGGUGAUCAAGUCCUUGAGGUAAAUGGAGUAUCCUUACGUGGCGUAAGCCAUGAACAAGCCAUUUUAUUGCUUAGGAGAACACCAACUAAGGUUUCAUUAUUGGUGUAUCGUGAUGUGAAUCUACAACUAUCACUGUUGGAUCCAACACAAAUUUACAAUAUUUUUGAAAUGGAACUUACAAAGAAGCCAGGUCGUGGACUUGGACUUAGUAUAGUGGGUAGAAAAAAUGAGCCUGGUGUUUAUGUUUCGGAAGUAGUAAAAGGUGGUGCUGCUGAAGCUGAUGGACGCUUAAUUCAGGGCGAUCAGAUAUUAGCUGUUAAUGGUCAAGAUGUAGCAAGUGCAAUGCAAGAAGAUGUAGCAGCUAAAUUAAAAGCUUGCACUGGCCGUGUGACACUAAAAGUUGGUCGUUGGAAAUUAACUGAAGCAGCUAACAAAGUGCAUGCAGCAACAACAACCGAAGCUGCUUUAUCAGAUAAUAAACAACAAUAUUCGGUUGAUAUAACAACGCAACAACAAACAAAAUUAAUUGCAACAACACCUAAAAUUAAAUUAUUUGCACCAAAUAAUAAUGAAAAUAAUUCGAAUUUAAUAACAACAACAAAUGAUCGUAAAACAAUAUCAAUAACUGUUGCAAAAUCACAAUUAUCAACAAAUGAGGAAAAUCAACAGUCACAAAUUACGUAUGCGGAUUUGUCACCUGUAACAGAAGAAUCAAGUAGUGGUGCUGAUCAGAAAUCAUCAAUGGCUGAUGAAGAAAGUUCAUCGGUGACAAGUAUAGGACAAAACAAAGAAAUUGAACUUAUUAAAGAGCUGAAUGAGGAGAAUAGCGAUUCACUAUUGAUGAUGCUGAAGAAAAUUCCGGAUCAGCAAUUAGGUAUGGGAAUCGGUAAACGUACACGUGGUAUUCUGGUUACAUCAUUACAGCCAGGUAGUAUUGCAGCAGAAAAAUUAAAAGUUGGUGAUCGUCUAAUGGCAGUUAAUGGAGUAGCGAUAACUGAUCAGCUAUCAGCAGUAGCACUGGUGAAAGCAAGUGGUAAGAAAUUAUGGUUGCAAAUAUCGCGACCAAGAAUUUAUCAAAAUCCAUAA